AUUAAAAAAUGAGCAAGACAUACUCCUACACCCGUGUUACCACCCGUUCCAACGGCCUUCCGUCGAAAAGUCCGAUCGAGGAACUGCCCGUCUAUUCUCCGAUCUAUUCGUCGACGUUCCGCACGGCUGUCGGAAGCUCCAGCAACUCUAUCAACACUGCUGGCCUGGAUGGAUUGAGAACUCCGAUGAGAUCCUCUGGAGAUGACAGAGCACGGAGCAGCAAUAAUAUGGCUACGUUCAACACUACAAGCUCCUACAAUCGGACUUAUGAGAAAAAGGUCAUCGAGGAAGGAUCUCCAAAUGUUCGUGUCACCACGCAAACUCAUACUGCAAUUCCAGGAAUGCCGGACCUCGGCAAUAUCCACUCUUCGAUGCUCUCCAACUUUCCAAAUCUUGCAAUUUCGAGCCCAUCGGUUGUUGGAAGUCAAAAUGGAAAUCUGACAUCAAUUCGUGUCACGAAUACUAGUUUUCAUGCGAUUUUGGACGUUUCCAAGUAUGAUGCUGAUUCGUUAAAGGUAACCGUCGUCGAUAACAACAUAAUCGUUGAAGGAUCGCAUGGAGAAAAGGAAGAUACCUAUGGAACCAUCGAAUCAACCUUCAAACGUCGCUUUCCACUUCCAAAAGCCGUCGCACCGGAAUCUGUUCAAUCUCAGCUCACUGCUGAUGGUCAUUUGACUAUUGAUGCAAAAGCACCGGAGCCGAAACAAGAAGGAGCUCGUCCGAUUCAGAUUAAAGUUAUUAACACAUCCGCCGAGCAACAGAAGCAAUAAAUUAUCGAUUUUGAGAAAUUUUGAGGGUUUCUAGUGAAAAAUUGAUUUUUUUUCUUGGAAAUUGACUUAUUUUACGGGAAAAUCCGAAUCUUUAACAGUUUUUAAACGAAAAAUUGUAUUCAAAAAUUUAAAAAAAAAAACCAACUUUUCAGAUAAUUAUGGAAUUUUCUUUCAAAAAAAAAUCGAAUUCUAAUUUUUGGCAGUUUUUAGUGAAAAUUUCUGAAAUUUCAGAACAUUUUUCAUGUUUUUCUGCAAAAAUCUCCGUUUCUCUAGAAAAUGGAAAGUUUUCUACUUUUUCUGAAAAAAAAAGUAAAAUUUCGAAAUUACAUUCGAAAAAAAACUAGACUUUUUCUGAAUUUUCAAAAUAAAUUUUUUUUUUGAUUUUUGAGAAUUUUAGCAAUUUUAUGGCUAAAAAAUCUGAAUUUCAAAAAAAAAAUUCAAUUUUUUCGCUUGAAACCCCUAUAAUUUCCCACAUUUCCCACCGAAUUUAUCCAGAUUUUUUUAAAAAUAUUUCCCCCCAUUUCCAGAAAUCCCCGUUUUAAAAAUGAUAUAUCUGUGCCAAUUUUAUCGAUUUUUCACCCAAAAAAUCCCGAAUUUUAGUCGCUUGUACUGGUUUCCCUCAACCCAUUCGUCCUGCCAAAUCAAUGUUUUUUUUUGUAAUUUUUUUAAUAUUCAUUGCAUAUUAUAUUAUUUUUCCUUUUUUUUUCGAAAAAGUUUAACCGAAAAUUAAUGAAUUUCCAAUCG